GCGGCGUCGAGCGGGAAAGGAGCUUUUUUGAUGUGAAAGGAAACGUCGGAAGUCCGUGUUUCAAUGUUAGUGGACCCCGAUUUCGAUCACCGCACGGCGCAUGCGCGACAUGAUCUUCUGGUUAAAGUAUCCAUUUUGGUCACAUAGACAACCCUAAUUCGACAUGGCAGACAUUGAGGAUACUCAUUUUGAGACCGGUGACUCUGGGGCAUCUGUGACGUAUCCGCAACAAUGUUCGGCACUUCGCAAGAACGGGUUUGUCAUGCUGAAAUCUCGUCCAUGCAAGAUUGUUGAAAUGUCGACAUCGAAGACUGGCAAGCAUGGCCACGCCAAGGUUCAUCUAGUCGGUAUCGACAUAUUCACGUCGAAAAAGUACGAAGAUAUUUGUCCGUCCACGCACAACAUGGAUGUUCCAUUCGUCAAACGAGAGGACUACCAGUUGACAGACAUAUCUGAUGACAAUUAUCUGAGUUUAAUGGCUGACAAUGGAGAUAUCCGCGAGGAUCUAAAGAUUCCAGAUGGGGAACUGGGUAUUCAAUUACGUGCCGAUUUUGACGCCGGCAAAGAACUGCUGUGCACUGUUCUUAAAGCCUGUGGCGAAGAAGUGGUAAUUGCCAUAAAAACCAACACUGCCCUGGAUAAAUAAUUGUGUUUAUUCAACUGCAACUAUCAUCAUAAGCCGCUAACCCGAUUGACAUCUCGUCAAUGGUAUUGGAACAAGCUUGGUAUCGUCAAUAAAUAUAACAGCUCAACAGCGGUGAUGAGUAACUUUUUAUCAAAGUAACAUCUCCUUACUUACCAAAUUUCUAAACAACCAUCUGCUAAAAUUUUUUAAAAGUGAUGUAAGUAAAAGAAAACUAGUGAGCAGUUUGCGUUCUAGUUUCAAACAUGAAAACACACACAUACAUAAACACAUACGUUGUUUGUUAUACACGAGGUACGACGAAUACAACUACUUUUCAUCAAAGGGUUGAUUGAUUGAAAAGAGUCAAAAAAAAAACAAUAAAAUUUACAUGUAAAAGCCUUUGAACAUCUUUUGAUUUUCUUGAAAUUUUAUUUUCAGACAUUUUUUAGAUCUUUUUUUUUUUUUUAUCAUUAAUCAAAAUUCAUCUAUUAUCAAACAGCUAAACAACUUAUAUUAAUAAUAUUAAUAAUAAUGAUUACGAUUACGAUAAUGAUAGUAAUAAUAAUAAUAAAACUUGAUAUGCACGACAAGAUAAAUAUAAUACUGCAGUUACUGGUAUGUUAUUAUUUUAAACGAAGAUUAGUAGGUGGAACUGAAAUUUCGCGUGACAUUUUAAUCUUUAUUUAUUUGUUUUUCACAUUCAAAUUAAACCAGAUUACAUUUAUUGUUAUCAUAUACAUAUAUGUAUAUAAAAAAUUGCCUUGGAUAAAUCUAUGACUACACAAUAAUUUUCAAAUGCUUAAUAUUUUAAGUAGCAAUAAAUGUCACAUUUUGAAAAUAGUCUCGCAGAAUGAGGCCAAAACUUGAAAGGUAUCAUCUCUCGUGAUAUUCACGGUAAACUUUACUUCAGGAAAUGUACAAUAACAAGGAAUUUGAGUAUUCCUACCCCAUAUAUAAUUUUCAGGACUAACACGAUACUGACAAAGAAUCGAAAUCAAGGAAAUGUGCGUACAAUUGGUAUUUGCGUCACGUUAUUUACGGUAGGAAGUAUAAAAAUGAAAUGUUCUCCUAGAAUAGAAGCUUGUAAAAACCUAAACUUAUCUGAAUAGAUCUUAAGUGCAAUAAACAAAAGCAUCUUAA